AUGAAAAGCAGUACUUGGAAUGAUAGAACUAGGGAGCUUCUGCACGUUAUUGCCGACCCUUUUCUACAAGAUCAUAACAAAACUUGUCUUGAUGAAAAUACAAAACCUGAAUAUUUCUUGAAUGAAGCUGAAUAUAAGGUUGAUGCAUAUCUCAAAAGCACUAUAAUAAAGUCAAUGGAUGAAUCUAUUUUUCUACCACCUGCAAUUAGAGAACGUCGAAAAAGGAAAUCAGAAGAAGAUUUACAGAAUGAACCAAAAGCAAAGCUUCGUCAUAGUGUGGCAUCCUUGCAUAGUACUAAGAAAGAACCAAUUGUUCCUUCUUUAAAGACUCAAGGUCAAAUAGAUGAAGAUGAAAUGAGGGAAUUUUUAUCUUCAGAUAUAAACCAAUUGGAAAUAUUGUCCAUGCCUGAGCACUAUCCUUUGAAAACACAAUCUGUAUGCUCAUUAACUGAACUAUACUAUUUGACUCAAACACUAGCUUCCAAUAAACUACUUCCAGGGAGCCAUAAAGUCUUGACUACUGAGAAUUACGAAUUGGCCUUAUUGGAAGGGAAAGUUGCAGUUUUAUAUUCUCGUAUUGAGGAAUUGAAAAGACAAGGAAAAUGGUCAUCGAGGCAACCCAAAAGGUACAAUGAUCCAUUUACGUACAGGGCUGGAAGGUCAAAUAAAUCUAAGUUUACGUGGGAUCAUUUAUUAGAGGAAGCAAGAUGGAUGGCUGAGGACUUUCGAGAGGGAAACAAGUUUAAAAAAUAUUGUUGUGUGAUUAUUGCUCAAGCAGUAAAAGAUUAUUGGCUGCUUGGAAAGGAAGCAACAUGUGUAAAGAGAAAGCCUGUGCCAUCUUUAUCUGAAAAAUUGGAGAAUGCAGUUGAUGAGACAACCAUUGCAGAUGUACCACCAGCUGAAGCAACAGGCUCUUCCGUCGAUCCUAAAUUACUUACCGAAAACAAAAUUGAUGAGCCGGAGGAUGUUUCCGAAAAGACGGUAUCAGAUAUAUUCUCCUCUGUAUUUGCCAAAAACAAUUCUACCGCGUUUGUCAAUAUUGAAGAUUUGAAUAAACAUGCAAGAUCAAUUGUAAAGACUAUACCAAAUCAUGUUGCAUUUGAUAUCAACAACAAGGGAAAAUCCAAAGCAAUAGAACCAUAUGAGCCACCUUUGACUACUGUUUCGAAGCUAUUCUUACCUUUUGAGAAUGACCAAGGUUGGCACAAGAUUGUCUUGAGAAAAAGUGCGGCUGAAGGAUUAAAAUUCCACAAGUCACCUGAAUACCAAAGGGGUGUGUUUGGUGCACAAGCGCAUCGUAAAUUUCACUACCUCAAACCACCAAAGCCACCAUUGUUAGCAAAUAUCGAGCUUCGGUCCCCUACGAUUUGGCUGCCAGAGGAUGAUAAAAAGCUUAUACAUUACGUUGCAGAAUUUUGUUUCAAUUGGGACCUUAUUGCCGAACAUGUUCAAGCAUGCUCGUUUGCCCCUAGUUUGAGGAAAUAUGAAUCCAACAUUGAGCGAAGAACACCUUGGCAAUGUUUUGAGAGAUAUAUUCAACUCAAUCAAAAGUUUCAAUUCUCGGAUAUGAAAGGUAGUUAUGCAUUCCAUGCUCAGCAAUGGCUAGAACAAGCUCAUAAAACACAACUGACAACGAAGAGAAGAGUGUCACCUCUUGGUGUUGGAUCUGAUUCGAUGCAAAGAGGACACCGGAAGUUGCGGUGGGCUUCGAUGUUUGAUGCCAUGCGCAAAGCCAUGAAGAAGAGAGAAAUUGCCCUUGCCAAAAUGAAUCAUCGAAGGACUACUACAGAUGUGCAACAAAAUGUUCAACAAGGUACUGUCGCUAAUGGAGAAAAGCGCCCUAACACUAGUAAAACCCCAACACCGGCAGAAUUAGCCAAGUUGAAAUAUGAAAGAGAUAAGUCAAUACAGCAGAGCUCGCGAACUCGCCUUAUGGCAGCUGUAGCUCAACAGCAACAACAACAACAACAACAACAACAACAACAACAACAGCAACAGCAACAGCAACAGCAACAGCAGCAACAGCAACAUCAACAGCCACAGCAGCAACAGCAUUUACCGCAACAACAACACCUACAGCAGCAACAACAUCAAUUACCCCAACAAUUGCCUCCACAACAGCAACCAAUUGCACAUCAACAACAGCUUUCGCAACAAACCCAACAACAGUCCCAACUUACACCUCAACAUCAUCAUCCUCAAGUACCACCAAUGCAUCAAGGACGCGUACCACUGCAAGGACAACUCUUGGAUCAAAGAGCUCAAUCAAAUCAUCACCAGAUUCAGCAAUUGCAACAACAGCAGCAACAACUUCAACAGAUACAACAACAACUGCAUCAACAACUGCAUCAACAGCCCCCACAACUGCAACAGUUUCUGCAAUUGCAACAGCAACAACGACAAUCACAUCCCCAACAGCAGGUUCACCCCCAACAACAGUAUACACCCCAUCUGCAGCUGCAACUGCCUAUUUUACAGCAACAACAACUAUUCCAGCAACGUUCUCAACAACAAUCUCAACAAUUACAUGCGCAAAAUCUGCUGCUGCAUGUACAAAAUCGUUUUCAGAACCAACCACAAUUCAUGCAAGCAAACUCUCCUGAAUAUCUGUCAACUGCACCCACACCUCGUCCUGAGCAAAUAUUACAAAGAGCUCAACGUGCUGCUUUGAAUGGCUUAUCCUCACAAACUCAAGCCACAGUGAGGGACUCUCCAUAUCCUCAGAGCCAGUUAAAGAUCCCCACAACUAAAGAUGGGAAACAGUUAACAAAUGAACAGAUUCAUCAACUAUUGCAAAUGGAGAAACAAAGAAGGCUUGUACAGCAGCAGCAGCAACAGCAGCAACAGCAAUUACAGAAUGUGGAUUUCCAACUAUCUCCAAACAUGGGAAUUGCGCCACAACCGCAAGUGCCUAUAUCGCCUCAAAUUCAUCAACAGCUUCCAGCAAACUUGAACAAUGCGGCAUUGCCUAUGGGAUCACCCAAUAUGCAAUACCUGCCAAACAAGGCUGACGGUCAAAAGCCAGCUACAUAUUACCAGAGACAAGCACAGCCGCCUGUACUGCAAGUACAGAACGCUCUGCCUAAUCUCCAACAAAAGCCUAUGCAGCAACAGGUGCGACAACAACGACCAAGAAUUCAAUUCCCGCCUGCUCAGAUUUCAGCAAUUAUUAACUCAAUACAGACACAAAACCCUACAUAUACAAAAGAGCAGGUUACGAAGUUGGCAGCUCAGUAUUUGAACAGCCUUCAUCAGCAAGCUCAAAACAGAGCAAACAAGAAUGUACAAACACAAGUUCAAGGUGGGAUGCCGUUGCAGCAGGGUCAACAGUUUCGAGAUGCCAAUAUUGGAGGGAACAAUAGUGCAAGCGCUACUGCUAGUCCGCAACUGAGUCACACACGCCCACAGAGUCAAGGUUGA